UCUGACUGGAGACACUCCUGUACGCAAGCCCUCCCUCCGCGGCACUGCUGCUUCCAACAACAAGCAGAAGCCAGCAACAUGGCCGACCUAGGAAAGAAGUAUUGCGUAAACUGCCUUGCAGACGUUACGAAUCUGCGGCUUCGCUGUACUGACUGCCCAGAUAUCGAACUAUGUCCGGAGUGCUUCUCCGCGGGUGCAGAAAUCGGUAAUCACCGGCGAUGGCACGGUUAUCAGCAAGUCGACGGCGGGCGCUUCACCCUCUGGGGUCCCGAAGCGGAGGGAGGAUGGACUAGCAGGGAAGAGCAGUCGCUACUCGAUGCGAUCGAGCAAUAUGGCUUUGGAAACUGGGUAUUUCACUUUAUAGCCUACCUACUUUUCUGAUAGCUAUAGAAUACAAACACGAGCAUAAAAAUAUGUAGACUACAUGUGAAUGAGUAAAGUUACUCCCGUGAAAAAUAACACAAUAUGGACCCCUAUACAUUUGACAACUUCAGACUGACAGCCAGGUCCUGUCGAGAGUUGGCCAUAUCGAUGCAAUUCUUGAAAUUCACUUUAGACCUGUAUACAGCUAGCUAGCUAAGUUGUGAUGAAUGCAACUUUUUCAUGCAAACGCACAUUACAAUCCACGAUGUUGCAAACGUGCAAUGCAAUAUGAACAUACAGGAAACUUUUGGUGUAAUGUUGGCUAGUCAGUUUCAAUGGAUCUGUUGGGAUCUCCUAUCAAUGGAAUUCAACACACGGCUAUGCUAAUAGUGAACGUAUAGCAAUGCAUGCAUUGUGUGUGUGUCUGUGUAGCCUAAAUGCUUGCAGGGAUGUACCCCCCCCCCCCCCAGUAACACUGGCCUGUGUGUGUUCUGGUCUUUCAGGAGGACAUGGCCACUCAUGUAGGGGCGUCUCGGACCCCCCAGGAGGUCAUGGACCACUACGUCAGCAUGUACAUCCAUGGCAACCUGGGCAAGGCCUGCAUCCCCGACAGCAUCCCCAACCGGGUGACGGACCACACCUGCACCAGUGGCGGCCCCCUGUCCCCCAGCCUCACCAUCCCCCUGCCUCCCCUGGACGUGACCCUGGCCGAGCAGCAGCAGCUGGGCUACAUGCCACUCCGCGACGACUACGAGAUGGAGUACGACCAGGAGGCGGAGAAGCUCAUCAGCGGCCUGUCGGUCAACUACGACGAUGAAGACGUGGAGAUCGAGAUGAAGCGCGCGCAUGUGGACAUGUACGUGCGCAAGCUCCGCGAGCGCCAGCGCCGCAAGAAUGUGGCCCGUGACUACAACCUGGUUCCCGUCUUCCUAGGCCGCGACAAGAAGGAGAAGCCGGGCACGCUGGGAGUUGUAGGUGGUGGUAGUGGCGUCGUCGGAGCGGUGGGGAGCCUUCCGACGCCAACUGCUCCCGUGGUGACACCGGGAGCUCCAGCCGGCCCGACCGUUCCCAAGCGUAAGAUCCCCAAGGAGGAGAAGGAGCAGCGGCUCAAGUUGCGGGGGAUGUGCCAGUUCAUGGCUCAGCGGGAGUUUGAGGACUUGUUUGACAACAUGCACAAGGAGCGCGUGCUGCGGGCCAAAGUACGAGAGCUGCAGCGCUGCCGCCGCAACGGCAUCACACGACUGGACGAGUCGGCCGAAUACGAGUCGGCGCGGCACAAACGGGAGAAACGCAAGGAGAACAAGAGCGUAGCUACCUCGAAAACGGGCCGGGGCGGAGGGCUCAGUACAGGAGGAGGAGGGCUUGGCGGAGGGACAGGAGGUGGCGGAGUGGGCGGUGGUGUCAUCAAAGAGGAGGGCAAGGAUGGCGAGUUCCCGGCCAUAGAGAACCUGGCGGGAUUCGAGCUGCUGUCGGACCGGGAGAAGGUGCUGUGCAACUCGCUCAACCUCAGCCCCACGCGCUACCUGACCGUCAAGACAAUCAUCAUCAAGGACCACCUGCAGAAGAGCCAGGGCAUCCCCUCCAAGAGCCGCCUGCCCAGCUACCUAGAUAAGGUGCUCAAGAAACGCAUUCUCAGCUUCCUCACAGAGAGCGGCUGGAUAUCCCGGGACGCAUCCUAA